AUGGAUGGAGGACGUUUAUGUCAUCACACGCGACACGAAAGAACGAGAUACGUCAGCGGUAAAAAUCAAAUUUAUUCAAACGGUUAUUAUUUGUUUGAAAAUGCAGACGACAAAAAUAAAACGUAUGUGAAAUUUUGGGAGAGACCGUUGGAAAAAUUUGAAAAAACAAUCAACGGACCAAACGGCAAACAUUCGUCGUCUCGACCACUUUUCAGUUGGGACAUGCCGGAGGAGGAGGAGGAGGAAACGAAUAAGAAAACAUUAGAGAUUUCAACCGAAAAACAAAUUCAAACGACGACGACGGCAAAUAAAAAUUUGAAAAUAUUUAAAAAUUCUCGCGUUUUCAUGACGAAAAAUCCAUUUCCCGACGAAGCAAAACGUUCGGAAAGGCAAAACAGAGCAAAAGAUUCUUUAAAUUAUGAAAAAUCAUAUGUUUACACGACGACGGUAACAAACAACAACAACAACAACAACAACCACAACAACCGAAACAACGAAACUUGCCCGCACGGUAAAUGUGGUAAAAACGUUUUGAAAUCAUUACAAAUAUCUUGUCCUUUGGGUUUUCGUACCGUCGAAGGCGUUUGCAAAGACGUUAACGAAUGCACGUUAAGAAACGGACACGGUCCCUGUCAAGAUCAUUGCACGAACACGGAAGGAAGUUACGAGUGCAGUUGCGAAAAUAUACCCGGUACGAAAUUAUCAUCCGAUAAUCACACGUGCGUUAAUUUAAACGAAUGUGACGUCAUUUCCGCCGGAUGCAGUCACGCUUGCAUACUCUUGUCCGACGUGACGUAUUGCACUUGUCCCGACGGUUUCGAAUUAGGGGAUGAUUGGAAAACUUGUCACGAUAUCGACGAAUGUUUAAAUCCCGAUGAUUACAACGUGAAUUGUAAACGUCAUGAUUGCAUCAACACGAUCGGAUCGUAUAAAUGUUUGGACCCAUAA